ACAAGAUUGACAGGCAUGCACAACUGCAAUUGUUUGGACAUGAUGAUUGCUGUGGCAACUCUGUCGUCUGCUCCCCCCAAUCGAUCAUCUGAUAGCACACCACCCAAUGCGUCCUGCACCAUGUCACAGCAUCAAGGAGGGAGCUGCGAAUUCUUGCCACGCCGAAAGAGCCCUUUUUGUUCAGAGAACUGGAAUAUAAAUCAACAGGGAGAGAUGUACGCUGAGGCGGGUCUUCAGUUUCCAGCAUUCUCGCUGUGCUUCUUCCUUCAAGAAGUAGCGGGCGGCGGCUUCCUAAAUUUUCAUGGGAUUACGGCACAGACUCCUAUAGUAACAGAGUAUGAUAUGGGAGGAGCAGGUGACCUUUUCAAAGCUCCAGAGGCCAUCCUAGAAGAUCCAGCGCUUGAGCUUCAUAUAGCAGUUGCCAUGUCCAUCAUAUCCACCGAAGGCGAUGCCAUCACAGAACCUAUAAAGGUUGUCGAUAUCGAAUCAAUCCACAAUGAUCCCCUCAAUAGUGUCAUCUACGAGAACGAUCUGCUGGAGGAAUCAGAGAUAGAGGAUUCAAUCACAGAACUCUUAGGGGCAAAGAUUCCUGCACUACAAAUUGAUGAAGUUAAGCCUUUCGAAAGACUUAGCUCCGCAGAAGGAUCGAUGCAGAAAAGUAUCAGUUCAGCGUCUCUGAAUUCAGUGGAGUUAUUUCCCGGCAGUACCAUGAGACCUGACCAACUCCUUGAUCUUCAAGGGUUGAAUCUUGCAGCUGCAUAUAGCUUGAGGCGAGCAUACAGUGAGGGAGACAUUCAGCAGCGUCUUGGUGACAAAAGCACAAGCACCGGAAAUACAGUCGCAGUGUGUUCUUCCUUUGAGCGGCUCCUAACCAUUAGAGAUCUUAAGACCGAGCAACGACAGCAAAAACUUUCCAGGUAUCGGGAGAAGAAGUGUAAGAGAAACUUCGGCAGGAAAAUCAAGUAUGUUUGCAGGAAGGCUCUCGCAGACAGUCAGCCAAGAGUUCGAGGAAGGUUCGCAAAAACUGAAGAGACUGAAACCAACAAGUGUAGAACUUACUGUUUUAACUAGGAAGUUAAUGAAUCUGUAGAUGAUCAGUUAAUGUAAAGUGGUUUGCAUAAAGAGGUACUAUAAAUAAUAUUUUCCAAGGGCUUGAUGAGUUAAUCAUUAGUACAGCCCUUGAAAGUUUUUGUAUUUCAAUUCAGUUUCAACGAAAUUGAUAGGCCGUCCCAUUUCCGUGCU